UUGAAGAAUUCGAUACUAUUGUUGUUUGGAGCAAAAAUGUGGCUCUCAAGAAGUGUUAGGUUUUCUCUUCUUCCUUCCAUUGCCAAGUUUCCUCCUUUUCUUCCAAUCCACAAUUCCCUCUUUUGCUCUCACUCUCACUCUCAAACUUCCUUACACGACGACGCCGUUUCACAAUUCAAUCGCUUGCUUCAUCAGCGUCAUGUUCCUCCCAUCUUCGAAUUUGGAAAGAUUUUGGGAUUUCUUGUGAGGAUGAAGCGUUACCCUACUGCUAUUUCUCUCAUUAAGCAAAUGGAGCUCAAGGGAAUUCACAAUGACCUUGCUAAUCUCAACCUCCUCAUCAAUUGUUGCUGUCACUUACACAAAUUGUCUUUCGCUUUCUCUGUAUUUGCCAAGAUUCUCAAACGGGGUUAUCAUUCAGAUGCCAUAACAUUAACUACACUCGUCAGAGGUCUCUGUGAUAAGGGUGAGGUCAAGGAAGCCCUCAACCUUCACGACAAAGUAAUAACACUAGGAUCUCGGCUCAACCAAUUUACUUACGUGACUCUGAUUAAUGGAUUGAGCAAAAUAGGAGAAACUAAAGCCGCCAUCGAAUUGUUCAGAACGAUUCAAGGUCAAUCAACCGUAAUGUACAACAUUAUUAUUGACUCUUUAUUAAAAGAGAAUCAUCCGAAAGAAGCUUAUGGUUUGUAUUCUGAGAUGGUUAUCAAGGGAAUUUCUCCUGAUCUUAUUACUUAUAAUACUCUAAUUUAUGGCUUUUGCUUAGUAGGACAGGUAGAUGUAGCAUUUGGUUUCCUAAAUAAAAUGGUAUCAAAUAGCAUCAGGCCAGAUGUUUAUACCUAUAAUAUAUUGAUUGAUGCAUUUUGUAAGGAAAGAAAGCUAGGAGAAGCCAAUAAUGUGUUAGGUGUGAUGGUGAAAGCUUAUGUGAAACCUGAUGUUGUUAGCUUUAAUGCUCUAAUGGAUGGAUACUAUGUAGUUAAUAAAGGGAAAAAUGCGAAACAAGUAUUCAGUGCAAUGACUCACAUGGGAGUGAGUCCUGAUGUUAGGACCUACAAUAUCAUGAUAAAUGGACUCAUAAGGAACGAAAUGGUGGAUGAGGCCAUAAAUCUCUUUCACGAAAUGCAAAACAGGAAUAUCUUUCCAAAUACUGUGACUUAUAAUACUCUUAUUGAUGGUUUAUGCAAAACUGGAAGAAUCUCUCAUGCUUGGGAUCUUUUUCAUGAGAUGCGUGGUAGAAAUCCACAAGCAGAUGUAAUCACUUAUAGUUCCAUGAUUGAUGUUUUAUGUAAAAAUCAUCAAUUAGACAAGGCAAUUGAAUUAUUGAGGAAAAUGAGAGAAAAUGGAGUUCAGCCCGAUAUGUACACUGCAACAAUACUUAUUGAUGGGAUGUGUAGAGGGGGGAGACUUAAGAAUGCACAAGAGAUUUUUCAAGAUCUAUUUAAUAAAGGUCACAAUCCCAACAUCCGUACUUAUACUGUUAUGAUCAGUGGUCUUUGUAAGGAGGGUUUGCUUGAUGAGGCAUUGACCUUGUGGUCCAAAAUGGAAGACAGUGGUUGUUUAUCUAAUAUUAUAACUUUUGAAAUAAUAAUCUCUGCUCUCUUUAAGAAUGACGAGACUGAAAAGGCAGAGAAAUUUUUUCACGAAAUGAUCUCUAGAGACUUGUUGAAAUGAUGAAAGGUGACACUGUAUUUGAAUAACAAUGUGUUUGUCAUAGAAUGUGCAUGAAUGGUUUGUAAAUUUUGUAUUAGAUGAGUUGGUUUAGGUUGUAACCUCUGUUGCUGAUGUUUUCCUGGUCUAGGGUUGAUACAUUUUUAUUUUCUACUCUGCAUUUUGGAUUGCUAUCAAACUUCUGUUUCCUUUGACAUUACAUUUCAUUUGUAGAAUUUGUUUAACUGAUUAGUACAAAGGUUGAAAUCAAUGAUUUUAUUGUCUUUCAAGACCAAAACUGUGACCUCCCUCCCUAUGUCUAAAAUCUUGAUGAUUUUUUUAUUUCCAACUGUUUGAUAUUUUCCAUUGAUGUUUGCCAGAAACUAAAUAUGUUUUUUCUUUAGGGCCUUCAGUGUUGCACUUUAGGGAACCAUUCCCAAAGAAUAAGCACACUUACGAAGCUUAGGGAUCUUAACCUUGGCAAUAAUCAUCUUCAUGAUAUGCCUAUGCCUAAAGAACUUUUAAGUCUUUCUGAAUUCUUUCAAUAGCAGAAUCUCACGUGUCUAUUUCUUACCCUCACUGGAUUAAUUGCAGGUUCAAUAUUUAGCACAAUUGGAUACAUUGUCCCUCUAUAAUAUUUGCCUAACUGGUUCAAUCCAUUCUACAUUAGGUCUAUUGAAGAAUGAGGUCAAAUUUCAUUUUGAUUCAAAACAAUAUGCAGAUAUAUAACUGGGAAUUUUGACACAAUUAAUGGAAUUACAUCUAUCAUAUAAUUUACUCACAAAUUCAAUCCCUUAUGUAUUUGGCCAAUAAGAGAAGUAGACUAUUUUGUACUUUCAAAACAGCAAAAUUUCUGGUCAUAUACCAGUAGAAUUUCGAAAUCUGAAAAAGAUAUUUGCUGGAUGAGUGUGCCACUUAUUUUUUUUUGUUCAUAGAAUUUGAAUUAUUUCUCCAUGUUGUUCCGACAAGAGUUAUUUGGAAAAUUUCCUGGUUUGUUUUUAUUUCCCAUAUACUUUGAUUUCUUCCUCCUUAAAACCUUCGCUGUAUGAACAUUAUGCAGCCUAUUUUCUCACAUCAUAACAUGGAGAUGAUCAAGCUGAAGUCUAAAAGAACUAGAGAUAUACCACUUCUUGUGUGUAUGAAGGAUGAUGGCACAACUUCCUUUCAUUCAAGUAUGGUUAUACAUAACCAGCUGAUAAAGUUCUUACUUAGUUAUACAUGUAGAAAUUACAUAAUUACAAUGAUAAAGUUCUUAGAUUAAUUACAUAGCCAUAUAUAGAACUCAAAUAUUGUAUUCGCUGUUGAGUUAAGGUUGGUGAAGACUAAUCUAUAGUUUCAACCUCCUUGACAACGGUGGUGGCACCAAGUGCAUGGCUGACAGAUUUGGAAACCAAAGUAAUCAAAAAGUCAAAUAGAUCAGUGGCAAUAACUGUUGAGGUUAAGUCCUCUUUGUGCAAAGUCUUCAACGAAGAGCUAACAAGCCUUGGAGAAAAUAAUUGGAGCGUUCCCUGAUAUCAUUUUAACAUCCUCCCCUGAUUUCUUCAUGAUCUUCUUUAUCCUUGCCAAGGGCAGAGAGUGGAUGUGGAGCCCUGUCCUUCUAGAUAUCCAUCUACACAGUAACCCUGAAUAUGCACCAGCUUGUUUCAUAUCUGUUCUACUUCACUACUGUGUGUUUGAGUUAAUUUCAGUUUUAAUGGUCUCUGAGAUACUCUUAGUUGUAGCAUCAGUGUCAAGUUUCAGUGUUAUGUAUACCAUUUUCAUUGAAUCUUUCAGUUUCAUUCUAAUAACAUUGCUGGCCAAGACUACUUUGGCUGGCUAAGUGGAUCUAUAAUAAAUAAUUAUGAAUCUUUAACUCCUAACAUUAUUAUUCUAUUUAUAUAUUUGUUGCUUGUGUCUAGAAACAUUAGGGAUCCAGAAGUGUAAAAUCGUUAUUUAAUGAUUUGACUUAUUUCUUGGUAAAGCAUUAACUAUAUGACAAGGGUUCUUCUCUACAAGUAUUUAGCUAUUUGAAAGGAUUGCUUAAUCUAAGAAAUAUUUUAGGCACAGAUAUAGCUUUUGGAGUCAUGAUCUGCAACAAUCAGUUCUGCAAAAUUAGACCUAUCAUUUUAUUUUUGGGUCCCAAGGCCAGCCCUGGCCUUUUCUAGACUUAGGCCCAUUUUCUUGGCCCCACACACAAUGAAAUGGAUUGCCAUUCCACUAGGGCCGGGGCAACCCCCAAAUGCACAUUUUCUUCUACACAAACAUUUCUUCGCUGCUGGAGCUCGACAGCAGUAUCGGCGGCAGCACAGUGAAGUUUGACAGCAACACUGACGGCAGCAAUGGUGGACCUCGACUGUAGCUCUUGAUGGCAGCUCUCGACAGUAGGACACGAUUUAAUGAAUCCUGGAAUUCUUCCAGUGAUUGUCCAGAAUGGUAAAUGUGCCACUGCUUCUUUCCUCCCUAUUGAAACUAUUGCAAUUGCUGAAUGUGGUUUGAAGUUUCCAUCCUACAUUCUCUUGCUCCCUGUAUUAUCAUCUUCAGGUUGUUCACAACAACUUCAGCCUGCUGCUGUGCCAAUAACCAUUGCUUCAUUUCCUGUUGUGUGGAGUUCCAUUAAAAAACCUCUUAUUAGGUGGCUUGUAAGAAGAUUAAAAUGCCAUUGAUUUAUGGCAUUUUAACCAAUUUAUAUGGGACAAUCAUCAGAAAGUUGUUCAAUAGUUUUUGGCGUCUCGAAGGAUAAGUGCACAAGUUUGAAUGAAUAAGCUACUCAUGCUUAAGUGUUCAACUGUGCUAGUUUGGCUGAUUUCAUGGUGUCAUCAUUGAAAGCUUCUGAUCACCGCAGGUAUCUCAGAUGUUUGCAACAAGUGAAGCAAGAGUACUGCCUUGUCAAGAAUAAGCUUGAAACACUGUUCAGGGUAUUAACCAGAGGAAAAACUUAAAAAAUUGAGUAUCCUUCUAUUUACAUUCUGGAUUUGUAAUUUAUAUUUCUUUUAUGAAUUAUUGAUGCAGCUUGAGCAACAGAUUGUGAGAGUUGGUGGGUCAAUCCCUACGAAACUGAGUUUCAGUGGGUGACUGGGUGGGUUUGUAGAGAUGCUUGUGUUAUGAUUUUCAUCUUUGUUAAAGAUUAUCUUUUAUCUUAUGGCCAUGGUGAAUGUGCGGUUUUUGUGAAGAUAUAAGAUUCCAUCCAAUGUACCUUUUCCUUCACCAAAAAGCUCUUCAUAAUUUAUAAUCUAUUGCAUGCUUUAAUGAAGGAUGAUAGCAUCAUCAAAUGAUCUUUGCCUCUUGUAUUUCUCUUUCGAACAAGGGUUCGA